AUGCAGCAAUCUAUUUUCCAGCAAAAGCUUACUUGGGUAACAACAGACGAAAAUAAAGUUAUCGCAUUCAGAGGUUAUAAUCCAUAGCUGAAGAUUGAUGGUAAAGUUAAGGACAAGUAUGAACAUAAGGAUGUAUUGUACAAGAGACCAAGUGAAAUCAAGUUUGAAGAAAUUGAGAGAAAAUAGAUAUUUAAUCAUGCAGUACAUGGCUUGAUAAAAGCAAAGGAUAUAGUAACUGAGAAUAAAGAGAGAAAGUCAGUAGUAUUCUUUGCUUUCUAAGACGGUAAAACUAAUUCUGAACUCAAAUACGAACUCCUUCAAGAUAAUAUGAAGGAGUUAUCAAGAAACAUCACGGUUGAACUAAAAAUUAAUCUUGCCAAUGGUGAGACAAUCACCCAGGAUUUCAUAGUUGAUCUGAACGGGAAACUAACUAUUGGUGAAUUCAUUUAACCGCUUUAGGCAGUUACCGGCUAAAUCUUAUAGGUCUUUGCUAAUGGUAAUGCUUAAACUGCCAAAUAGAGAGCACUUAGUAUCAUGAAGAAUGAAUCAAAGCUCUUGCUGUUUUCAAUGGGAGAAGGAGGAAAGUCAAAACCAGAGGGACCAAGAAAAUUCGUCAGAUUUCCUACUCAUAUCCUUACUGAGGAAUUUUAUGUUAGUACAAAUGAUCAGUCUAUUUGCUUUAUUCCCAAUGAAGAUGUUAUAUUGAUUGGAUUCGGAUUUUAUCGUCAUUACUAUGAUCAUAUCGACACUAUUCAAUUGAGAACUACCGUAAGAGUACAUGAUGCCAAUGAUAGUGCUCUGAUUCAAGAGCAUCCCCUUACUCACUACUAUGUAAAAUACCCAGAUAUAGAAAUAGAUCAGAAUAAGAUUCAAUGGUAUGAACAUCUUGAUUAAGGCUGUCCACCAAUUAAAGUACUUGCGGGCCAGCAUAUGCAUGUGACAACGAUGUACUUUCAUCCUAAUACCGGUGAGAGAUUUUUCUCAGGAAGAAAUGGAUCUAAAUUCGCUUAAGUUGAUAACAUGGAUAUGGGUCUCUGGUCUGUAAAGGCCUCAAGAUACUCAACUUAUUUAACUGAUUUGGAGCAAGGUUUGAUUCCAGGAAUCAUUUACAAAUUCGCUUGA